AUGUCUUCAUCAAUAAUUGAUUGUUUUCGAUCAUCUAAACAUGCCAUUUGUUCAAAAAUCUUUCGUGUAUUUGUUAUGUUUAUUCUAACAAUUACAACUGCUACUGUUGAAAUUAUUUAUGGUAUACGUUUACAUGCAAAUUCAUUGAUAGCUGAUGGAUUAUAUUCAUUUGCUGAAGGUAUUUGUUUAAUUGGUGUUAUAUUAGUUCUUCGUUAUUCACAUGGAUAUAAUCCUCAAAAAAAUAAUACAUAUGGUUAUGAACGAUUAGAAUUAUUAUUUGGUCUUAUACAAGAAGUAUUUCUUCUAUCAGUAUCAUUAGGUAUUAUAGUUGAUGCCGUUAAUCAUUUGGUUAAUCCAAUGCAUGUACUUGAUCCAUCAUUAAUGAUUAUUCUUGGUGGAAGUGGUAUAGUUGUUGGUAUUCUUGGUAUGCUUAUGUUUUGGGGUUAUCAUCAUGAUCAUGAUAUUGAAGAAGAAAUUACUGAAAAGAAAAAAAUUGAUUUCUUAACAUGGACAAGUAAGCACAUGAAAUCGAAACAUAAAUCACCCGUUUCGUUACAUCAAACUAAAGUUGUAGAAGCUCCAUUAUUGUCUGAACAGACGAAAAUUGAAACGGGUGAUCAAUCAAGUAAAGAUUUAGAUAUUGAAAUUCAACCACGAACUCCUCAACAACGUCGACCUAGUCUCGAUGCAUUCACGUAUGAAAAUGUUCAAAUAGAAGAAUCAAGAAUUUAUGCUACUUUACACGCUCUAUGCUUACAUUCACUCGUCGUUUUAUUAGAAUCAGUUAUUGUUGUUUCAUCAGGUUUAAUGAUUAAAUUUAUUCCACAUCAAGAUCCAAUAACAGGAAAAGAAAUUAAUACUUGGUUAAAAUAUGUCGAUCCAUUAUUAACACUUGCAAUGGUUGUUAUUAUUGCUAUUCGUGCAAUUCCAGUUAUAUUUUCAAUUAGUAAAAUAUUAAUUGAAAGUCUUCCAGGUGGUAUUGAUACAAAAGUAUUAAUGGAAGAAAUUUUAAAAGCACAACCAGAAAUUAAAAGUAUACAUAGUCUUCAUAUUUGGAGAGCAUCUGCCAAAGAAAUUUAUGCAACAAUGCAUCUUGUUUGUGAUGAAGAUGUAAUGUUAAGUACAUGUACACAUACAUAUAGUCGAAAUGUAGAAAAAAUUUUAAAAAGUUACUGUAUUCGAUAUUUUACAUUACAAUUUGAAUAUGUAGCAUUAAAUCCAUCUGAUCCAUUACCUAUUUAUCGGUGUGCUCAUGGACUUCAUAGACGACGACGUGGUCAUACAUUAGAUGAUCCAGUGACAAAAUUAGCUAAAGAUGCUAUAGUUCAUAUUAAUUAA